AAACGCAGUUGAAAUAAACGAAUAAAUUGCAGAAAAAUUCGUACUUGAAAACUGUGUGUGUGUUUUUGCCAGUGCAUAACUCGAGCAAAAACUGCAGGCACAGACAGUGAACAAGAAUUCAACACCAAACACUUGCACACACACACACACCACAGCCAACACAACACCACACAGUUAGAUGAUGAGCAGCACAGCGGACGGUUCCUCAAUACGUUUCAGUGAUCACACACUGGAUAAAGCCACCAAGGCCAAAGUGACUUUGGAGAACUACUACAGCAAUUUGGUAACACAGUACGGCGAGCGCAAACAAAGGCAGGCUAAAUUGGAGGCACAGCUGAAGGACGAAAGUCUGACAGAGUCGCAGCGGCAGGAGAAACGCCAGCAACAUGCGCAAAAAGAGACGGAAUAUUUGCGACUUAAACGCUUGCGUUUGGGUGUCGAAGAUUUCGAGGCAUUAAAAGUAAUCGGGCGGGGUGCAUUCGGCGAGGUGCGUUUGGUGCAAAAAAAGGAUACGGGACAUGUGUACGCAAUGAAGGUGUUGCGCAAAGCGGAUAUGCUCGAAAAGGAGCAGGUGGCUCACGUACGCGCUGAGCGCGAUGUGCUUGUUGAGGCGGACCACCAAUGGGUGGUUAAGAUGUACUACAGUUUUCAGGACCAGGUCAAUUUAUAUUUGAUAAUGGAAUUCUUGCCUGGUGGUGAUAUGAUGACAUUGCUUAUGAAGAAGGACACGCUAUCCGAGGAGUGCACACAGUUCUACAUUAGUGAAACAGCGUUAGCGAUUGACUCGAUACACAAACUCGGUUUCAUACACAGAGACAUCAAACCGGACAACUUGCUGCUCGAUGCCCGCGGGCACCUAAAGCUUUCCGAUUUCGGACUGUGUACCGGCCUCAAGAAAUCGCAUCGCACAGACUUCUAUCGUGAUUUGUCGCAGGCGAAACCAUCCGAUUUUAUUGGGACCUGUGCCAGUCCCAUGGACUCAAAACGACGUGCUGAGUCGUGGAAACGCAAUCGGCGUGCCCUGGCAUACAGUACGGUGGGCACGCCCGAUUAUAUAGCACCUGAAGUAUUCCUGCAGACUGGCUAUGGACCGGCAUGCGAUUGGUGGUCGCUGGGCGUCAUCAUGUACGAAAUGCUAAUGGGGUAUCCGCCAUUCUGCUCGGAUAAUCCACAGGAUACGUAUCGAAAAGUGAUGAAUUGGCGGGAGACAUUGAUCUUUCCCCCGGAAAUACCCAUAUCGGAGGAGGCCAAAGAGACGAUCAUUAACUUUUGUUGCGAGGCCGACCGGCGUCUGGGCUCACAGCGGGGCCUCGAAGACCUGAAGUCAGUGCCGUUCUUUCGGGGCGUCGAUUGGGAGCACAUACGCGAGCGCCCAGCAGCCAUACCGGUAGAUGUUCGCUCUAUUGACGAUACGUCCAACUUCGAUGAAUUUCCGGAUGUCUCGCUGGAAAUACCAUCUGCGCCGAUCCCACAGGGUGGCGAAAUUGCCAAGGAUUGGGUCUUUAUCAACUACACGUACAAGCGCUUCGAGGUGCGAAAUUUGGAGUGAAGCUAAAGGAUGUCGUCGCUGUUUUCGUCAUCGUUGCCGCACUUUGCCACAAAUUUAAUGCGUCUAUCGCGCUAACAAUUUCGAUGCCGAUUUCGGUUCCGCUUUGGCUACACACCUACAAGAACAACAACAACAAUUCAUCUCACCCGACCAUUGCCGCAUCUUUAGUCUCUCUACCACCAGCAUUUUCCACAUUAAAAAAACUUAAUUUUCGUCUUUUAAAUAUUGUAUCUUACCUACAUGUGUAUUUAAAACUAGCUAACAUUUGUGAUUCCGAAAAAAAAGAAAACAAAAAGUGAAAUGUUUGUAAAAGUUUCGCUUAAAACCGCCUAAAUAUCCAGGCCCUCGAAUUAAGUUAAAAGCUAAUGCUAAUACAUUAACGUCUUUGUUUA